ACAAUGUUUUUCAGACAGUGGUAGGGUGUCAAUGUUUUACAAAGUAUCUGUUAUUUCGACAAGUUCUUAGAGCUCUACGUUUCUUGUGUUAUCAGAUAAAUGAAGCAGUGAUGAUUAUCUCAAACACAAACAAUUGAAACAUACAUGAUACAGACGAAACAAUUUUUAUAUCAACAUUGUUAUUCACUUAUUCAAAGUUAUUCAACUUAUUGGACUUCUUAGGAUAUAGGCCUAUGCAUUGCAAAAGCUAUAUCUACUCGGCAAGUGACAAAGCACAACCUGCACUGUUAACAAAGUCAGAGUCAGCAAAGGAUGACAGUCUUAAAUAACAUACAUAGUUCUGUUGUCAAGUUUUGGUGUGAUGUUUACCUUACGCGGGUGACAAAGAGUCCGGAGUCUAACUAAACUGAAUUACCCCAUGGAAUGGUUUAGUGUUUUGGAGUGAUGUUUACCUUACGCGGGUGACAAAGAGUCCGGAGUCUAACUAAACUGAAUUACCCCAUGGAAUGGUUUAGUGUUUUGGUGUGAUGUUUACCUUACGCGGGUGACAAAGAGUCCGGAGUCUAACUAAACUGAAUUAAACCAUGGAAUGGUUUAGUGUUUUGGUGUGAUGUCUACCUUACGCGGGUGACAAAGAGUCAGGAGUCUAACUAAACUGAAUUACCCCAUGGAAUGGUUUAGUGUUUUGGUUUUUUUAACACAUCUACAAUAUCUAGCUGUUUAUGCAUUUUGAUGGUUUAAUAUUGUUUGACUGAGAGAAUGAGCAGAAGAGUGAUGCUGGGUAUAUAAAUCAUCAAUUAUCUACAGGCAUCAUGCAGAAUGGAAAGCAUUCCCACCUAGAUAACAGAGACACUAGUAUUUGUGAAUUGACUGCUGAAGUGCAUGGUCAUGUAGGAAAGGAAGAAGCAGAUCACAGUAGUCCUGUGUUUGAAGAACACCAGAAAGUUGUUUCAGACAAUUUGCAAAAUGAACUUUCUAAAGUAAUGCUGAUUAGUUCUACAUCUGCCAAAAUUUCAGACAAUUAUGCAAGCAUUCCAUAUGGUAUUCAGCUAAGGUGCACUUAUGAACAUGGCAAAUCAGAGUCUGACAUUAUGGGAAUCACAUACAGUGGAAGAAUGCGGCAGUUUAUUAUCUUAGAUUCAAAAGGAUUAACUACAUGGAAAAGACAGAUAACUGGCAAUGAAGUAAUACGGACAUUGUCUUACCCGAAAUAUGAAUAUAAAUUGAUUACAUAUUUGGUGUAUGCCAAGAAACAUAACUGCUACUUUGCACUCUGCAAAGAUUUCUCUGUAAAGGUAAUGAACCAUGAGUUUGUGGAAACGUGUUCUAUCAGUGCUGACAUGAGCUCGGUACUAUUUCUUGUCUUCAACCCAGUACGAGAUGAGCUCAUAACUGGAGGAGUUGGGGGAAUAAAAGUCUGGCUGUUCCAUCAGGUUACAACUAAAGUAUUUAUGGAAAUAAAACCACUUGCAAACUUCAGGCUAACUCUCAAAUACGAGAUACCUAAUGUUGGUGGCAGCUGGGUGAAGAGAGUAGACCUCAACCAUCAUUUGGAACAUUUGUACUGCUCCUCAGAUACAGACCUCUUUGUCUAUGAUAUGCAGGGAAAGUUGCUUUUUACCUUUGCCAGAGCCCAUUCCAUGUCAAUAACUGGAUGCUGUUAUUCUCUUGCUGCCAAGGUUUUGGUGACAGCAUCUGUUGACUCAGAAGUCAAAGUAUGGAGUUUGUCUGGAGGCCUUGUACAUACAUUCCGUGGCCAUUCUCGAGCGGUUACUUCUCUCUCCAUCCACCCUCAGAACUCGGCAAUUGCCAUCACCUCAUCUCUUGAUGGCACUAUAAGGCUGUGGUCUCUCGAGUUCAUGGAUGCACUUUACAGCAUGGUGGUUUCUGCAGAUGGAGUGCUCUGGAUGGGUCUCACAGAUGAUCAGCUUCUGUAUUUAGCCACAGCUCGCAGCAUCACUAUGUGGUCCCUCAAUUACUUCUUCCAGUUCUGGAGCAUGGCACAUAACAAAGUGACAAGCUUGUCCCUAGUUGGCAGUGAAAACAAAACCACCAGGGUGGUUGCAACUAGCAGUGAUAGCAGUGUCCGUCUGUUCGCCCGAUGCAGCCACAAGAACAUGUCCACUGUCCUUCCACCACCAAGUAUUUCCCCACUUCAAACAGUGUUGAAUGUAUGCUACAGUAGAGAAUUCAAUGUCGUCUUUAUGCUUGUGAAUCCUAGACAGAUAUGGGUAUAUACCACCAGGACAGAUCCGGCAUGCAGAAUUGCUAUUUGGGAUGUACAUGAGCUCCAAAUGUUGCAUUUUCUUCAACAGACAAGAAAUGUUUCUGGCACUGAUAAGUCACUUUUCCGGCCGAGUGUUUCUGUCAUCAAUCCGAGUGGUCCCUUGGUACAUAGAGCAGUAGAGAAUUGCGUUGGAAAUGAAGUGAUAUCCAACUGUUGUUGUCUUAGCAGCAUCAACUCAUCAGUCAUGAUGUGGACAGAAGAGGGACUUGCCUGUCCAAUCAAGCAUUCCUAUCUCCUCCUGGGAUUGGAAGAUGGUCGGAUUUUAUUCAUGGAUCCAGUAAUCAAGGGGAGGAAAUACAUGGAAUUCAAAGCAUCCAAGAACCCUAUACAAGAAAUAAAACAUGAUUCCGUGCACAAGACCCUAAUAACAGUGUGCAAGCUGAAAGAACAGACCUUAAUUGAGAUCUGGAGUCUACCUGAACUGGAACUUCAGUUUGAAAUAUACUGUGCAUCUGAUGUGACCGGUUAUGCAAGACAUGGUAGUUACUUCAUGACAGGUCAUGAGAGUGGUAAUGUUAUCUUCUACUCUCUUCUGAUAGCUCCAGAUACUGGACUGAACAAAACAAAAGUGAUGCCAGAGUACAACGCUGUUGUUGACAGAGAUCACCGACCAGAACACAACGGACCAGUCAUAACCGUCGACUCCUGCUCGGUAAUGGGGCUCUUUUGCUCAUGCAGUGCUGAUGGGGCAAUAAAAAUCUGGGAGUGUGACAUGCUUGUAACAGAAAUCAUGCUUGAGGAGUCGUUAAGUUCAGCCUGCUUCCUGACCAGUGCUGCAGACCUCAUUGUUGGCUUUAAGGAACACAUAUUUUAUAUUGAUCACUCAAAAGUAUGUCCACAUUUGACAUGUCCUGAAGCUGGUUCUGAAACAUCUGAUAAAGAAUCCUUUGUUUAUGAAGACCCUGCAGUGAUGUAUGAAGGUAUUGUUGACAACCCUGAUCCUAUCAAUAUGGAGAGUUACUUGGUUCCAUAUGAAAUUGAGUUUACAAAAGAUUUUCUUGAAGGAAAGUUAGAAUUGAAUCCUUUGGUGCAGAAACAUGAGGAAGAAUGUGAUGAAGAACCUGAUUACUUGUUGGCUCCAACAGAAGUAUAUUUAUCACCUUGUGACACACCUAGCCAUUUGUCACACAUUGAUCUUAUACUGGAUUCAGAGGUCACCCGGUUUGACCUGGAGAAACAUAUGGAACAGAAUCAAAAUAAAGCUGCACAGAAAAAGAAGCACCAGAAACUGGUUGAUGGCAAACCAACUGUGGUUACCUUCAGUGGAGAUGAGACUGAUGAGUGUGAUGGUGACACAUUCACAAACUUUGAUUUUCCUGCAUUCGGCCAGUCUCCCGGACCAUCACCCACCCCAUCUGUAGUUUCACUUCCGCAAUCAGUAGGCAGUUCUCCAUCAUCAGAGAUAAGUGAAAAUUCAGAAAAUGAUUUGAAUAAAAAGCCUUCCCAGUUUCAGCCAGAUACUUCAGUGCAACAGCCAGUUAAGUCAGUGGAAACAACUCCAGAAACCUCUAGCAUUGUAAAACCUCAAAAACCAAAGGUGCAGGCAUCAUCAAUUCCUACUGCAAAAGUUGAACACCAUCGUCUCAGUAAUAUUACAAUUGAUGUGAUGAAUGUAAUGAAGAAUGCUAGGAAAAGCCACCCAUUACAAAAGGAUGCUGAUCAUACACACAUUAAAAAUGAUGAUGUGGUAGUGGAGGAAAACAAGAAGAACUAUUACAGAGAUAUUAAAAAGAAAAAUUUAUUUACUCAUAGACAGCUACCAAAACGAGGUAAAAAGAUUGUGGAAGAGACUUUGUCUGCACUUGAUGUCAGCAAGACUGCUGAGGGUGUUAAGCAGGAAUUAACAGCUGAAAUGGGUGAUACUAAAACCAGAACUGCUGUGAGCUCAGAGAUGCCUCUGACAUUGGAGGACAGAGAAAAGGAAGCUGUUAGUGCAAUAUCGGCACAGCAAAUGGAUUGGGAAAUGGAGACACCAAACCUUCCUGUUGUGGCAGAAAAGAGUGAAAACAAAACAAAACAUGCUUCAGCUAGUGUUGCCACAUCAUCAAGUGAGGAACUGAGAGUCGGCUCUGUGACUCGUGUGUGUGAAGUAGAACAACACGCAGGCGCAACUCGAGUGUGUGAGGUAGAACAACAUGCAGGUGCAACUCGUGUGUGUGAGGUAGAACAACAUGCAGGUGCGACUCGUGUGUGUGAGGUAGAACAACACACAGGUGCGACUCGUGUGUGUGAGGUAGAACCACACCCAGGUGUGACAUCUGUCAUACACCACCAGGAGCUGCAAGGAGAAAGAAACAAAACAGAUGAAGAAUAUGCAGAGGAUGCAAUGGUUACUGCUGCCAUGAUCACAGAUCUUAAUCAGCCUGCUUUCCGGCAGCACGAUUAUGGGAUUCAAGGUCUUUCGUUAGUGUCGACUCGGUCUACGUGUAUGUCCUUAUCCAAAAUGGCUACACUUGGGUCUGCAGAUUUACCAAUAAAGCCAAGGCCAUCCUUUCUUCAGACAGCACAACAAGAGAGCACUUCAGAGCAAUGGACUAACACAAAGAAAAGAUCUGUUACAAUUCAAGUUGUUCUACCAAUGAGUGGUGAAGAUUACCAGUCUUAUGGAAGUCCGAGAUUACAGAUGGGUGAUGGUGACUUUCAGUCAGCAUCGGAGCAAAAAGUAACUGAAGACAAGUCUGUUUCCCACAUAUAUGUAGAAAAGCAUCGUAGUGAUACAGAGAGAAAGGUGGAAAAACAGCGCCCAGUGUCUUCCUUUGUAGACAGGGGCAACAAUGAAAUUAUGGGGAGACUCAGAGAGCAACGGCCUCACACUGCAGCCCAGUAUCAGUUCAAUAAAGAGGAACUCCAGAUGGCUUAUAAUUCAGCCCUCCAUAGAUACCAGAGCUUACCAGGAAUUCACUUGUGCCCUGAAAAACUUUACAAGAAUGAUGGUAUUAAUUUCACAGACCAGUGGCAUGAAAGAGCAAUCCAAAGGCACAUGCUGAUACGGAUGCAAAAAGAGCUUCGGCAAUAUUAUGCUACACAAAAACGCCACUCGGAACAACAGCAGCACCGAGAGCGGCAGCAGUCACUGUAUGGACAUGCAGAGUGCAGCAUCACUCCGGCAACACAACUGGACAUGUCCACAUAUGCACUAAGACAGCUGGAGAAAGCUAAUACAGUUGUUUUAUCUGAGCCACAUAUUGCCGUACCAAAUGCAGUUACUCCAGAUUGUGUUCACCUGUAUAAGACCAAGAGUCGUCCACACACUGUAAAUGUAGCCAUGUUGCAGAGAAAGAAACAACUGGGGUCAGAACGUAACUCACAAACACCUUUCAGGCUGAGAAUGAACCCUAAGCCUCCACAAGCAACAGUGAAGUGUUACACAGCUGAUAUCAGUGCACAUCUAAUGGAUCCUAGGAACCCAAAGGCUAUCCGACCAAAGUCAAGCAAGUCCAUCCCAAGUAAAUGCAGCCGCUAUAUCUUGGUGACCAAACCCAAGGAGAAGACAUCACAUCCUGUGCCAAGUCCACUGGAAGGGCAGUUAAUGUACAAACGCUUUCCAACUCAGGGCUUGAAAUUAGCUCGUCAGUAUGAUAUACCCAUACUGCAAAAUCCCCGUCCGUUACAUGCUGUUCAAUACAGUCCAUUUGCACAACAGACGUUCAAUUGAAAAGACAAUAUUUCUUUGGACAUCUGCAAUAGGAAAAGAAAUCUGUUUUUAGUAAUAAGUAGCUUAAUGAAACCCAUACCUGUCAUGUGUUUUGUCUGCAUAAUUUAUUAAUUUGUAUAUACUGCCAUUCAAAAGAAAGUAAAUCACUUUCAAAAUAGUAAAAACAACGUGAAACACAACUUGAUGCAAGUUUUGUAUUUUGAAAGUAUAAUCAUUUGUCGAGAUAUGAUCACUGGUAUACACAGUAAUUAAUAAUUACUAUCAUCAGUGUUCACAAACACCACUAAGGGUAAAGUGUGCACUUUUAUAUAAAGAUGGUUUGCUAUACUUUCAUUUCAUCAUCAGUGUUCACCUAUAGUCUUUACAGAUUAUUUUGGCUUCUGUUCCUUUUAAAAAUGUUUCGAAACCAAAUAUAAUCACUGACCAUGGUGCAGUAGAAAAUUAUUCUGUUCAAUGUACAUCUGAAUUUGUCUUGCAGUCAUCUAUAUGCACAUAUUAUUAGAGCUGUGUUUUGUAGGUCAAAUGGUAAAUUAUGCAGUCUGACCUACUCAAGUAUUCAUUCAUUUGGGUUUGUCAUCCAUCAGCUCAUCUUUGUUAUGUAGGAAAGCGUGGGUGGUACAACUGACUGUUAAAACCCCAAUAGUCUGAUGCAACUAACUAAUAAAAUUCAAAAAGUUUAGCUAGGAGACACUUUCAAUAAUGACUACAUGCAAGUUUACACAUAUCUAAGUGUGUUGCUGUUGAUAAUAUUUAUUAUGAUCAAUAGAUUUUAAUAACAAUGGGCCUAAUUUAUAAAUACUGUUUUUCUCUUUUGCGUGUAACUACAUAUAUUUACCAUAUUUAAACACCUGCGUAACUGCAUA